AUGCGGAACCUUCUUCUCUCUGUUCUGGCAUUCAGUGUUGUGGCUGAUGCCUAUGGCUCGGGAUCUGCUGGCUGGGAUGCGGCCUAUUCAAAGGCACAAGCAGCACUUCUGAAGCUAAAUCAGACUGAAAAGGUCGGCAUUGCCACUGGUGUUGGGUGGGAAGGAGGACCCUGCGUGGGCAACACAUAUGCCGCCAGCUCCAUCGAUUAUCCCUCCUUGUGUUUACAGGACUCGCCGUUGGGAAUUCGUUUUGCCAACCCCGUUACAGCUUUCCCUGCGGGUAUUAACGCAGGAGCAACUUGGGAUCGUAGCUUGUUGUACGCGCGCGGUGCUGCAAUAGGUAAAGAAGCUAAAGGUCUGGGUGUCCAUGUCCAGCUAGGGCCAGUCGCUGGUCCUCUAGGAAAGAAUCCCGAUGGUGGUAGGGACUGGGAAGGGUUCUCAGUCGACCCGUAUCUCAGUGGAGUAGCUAUGGAAGAGACAAUUCAGGGUAUGCAAGAUUCGGGCGUUCAGGCCUGCGCCAAGCACUGGCUCGGGAAUGAGCAGGAGCACAGGCGCGAAACAGUGAGCUCUAACAUCGGCGACCGUGCGACGCAUGAGCUGUAUGUAUGGCCGUUCAUGAACGCAGUUAAGGCAAAUGUCGCAUCUGUCAUGUGUUCCUAUAACAAACUGAAUGAGACUUGGGCCUGUGAGAAUGAUUCUCUCUUGAAUGACCUCAUGAAAAAGGAGCUAGGUUUCCCUGGUUACAUUAUGACCGACUGGAACGCGCAGCACACUGGUGUCAACAGUGCUUUGGCUGGGCUCGAUAUGACGAUGCCUGGAAGUGACUUCAAUACGCCACCUGGCAGUAUCUUCUGGGGACCAAAUCUCUUGCAGGCCGUUACCAAUAACUCUGUGCCCCAAUCACGUUUGGACGAUAUGGCAACGCGUAUCCUAGCAGCUUGGUAUCUUCUCGAUCAGGACCAAGGCUACCCCGAGGUGUCUUUCGGCUCAUGGAACGGUGGUAGAGCCAGUGUCGACGUCACAGGAGACCAUGCGACUGUCGCCCGCACGGUUGCCCGUGAUUCCAUUGUCUUAUUGAAGAACAAGGAACGCGCUCUUCCUCUUCAGCAACCGAAGAGCCUUGCAAUCAUUGGACAGGAUGCUAUCGUCAACCCCAGUGGUCCCAAUGCAUGCUCAGAUCGCGGCUGCAACAAUGGCACGCUAGCUAUGGGUUGGGGCAGCGGCACGUCGGAGUUCCCUUACCUCGUUGGUCCUCUUGAUGCGAUCCGAGUCCAGGCCAGGAAAGACGGUACGGAACUUUUCCAGAGUACAACCGAUAGCACUACAGCUGCAGCUUCGGCUGCCGCAGCGGCAGAGACUGCCGUGGUGUUCAUCAAUGCAGACAGCGGUGAAGGUUACAUUACAGUGGAGGGCAACGUUGGCGAUAGAAACGAUUUAGAUCCCUGGCACAACGGAAACAACCUUGUCAAGUCCGUCGCAGCAGUGAACAAGAAUGUGAUAGUCGUCAUACACAGCGUGGGGCCCAUUAUUCUCGAGACCGUUUUAGCCCAGCCCUCAGUGAAAGCAGUUGUUUGGGCCGGGCUACCAGGCCAAGAAAGCGGAAACGCCCUCGUUGAUGUGAUUUAUGGCAGUACCUCUCCAAGCGGCAAGCUCCCAUACACGAUCGCCAAGCAGUCUUCAGACUAUGGAGCCGGCUGGACCACUGAGCUAGACGACAAUUUUGUCGAGGAUCUGUUCGUUGAUUACCGCCACUUCGACAAGAAUGACAUUGCCCCGCGCUAUGAGUUUGGCUAUGGCUUAUCGUACACGACCUUCAACUACGUUGGACUUGUGGUUAGUAUUUCCGGUAAAGCUGGGGCAUCAAGUGGACGCAUUGUUCCUGGUGGGGCAGAGGACCUUUUCGAGUCAGUCGGCACUAUCUCUGUCACUGUCCAGAACAUUGGCGAGGUCGCUGGUGCCGAGGUUGCUCAGCUCUAUCUUGGUCUUCCGGAUUCUGUCCCAAGCACUCCUCCCAAGCAACUGCGAGGGUUCCAGAAGCUGAAUCUCCAACCGGGAGAGCCGGGGACGGCUACUUUUGAGCUCACUCGGCGGGACUUGAGCUACUGGGACGUGCCGAUACAGAAAUGGGUUGUUCCUAGUGGCAUCUUUACUGUUUAUGUCGGAAGCUCCAGUCGGGAUAUUCGCGAAAAUGGGCAAUUUAUUGUCAACCAGUAG